AUGUUACUUAUGAUCCUGAUGCGCUCAGUCUACAUGACCUACUCGAGAGCACUGGGCUUGAGCAAGAUGUUACUGUUCCAACUCAUAUCAUAUUGUUCCUCUAUUCCAUGGACCAACUAUCUCUUCUCAGGUCACUUACCAGUCCACUGUAAGCUCAAGGCUGUCAAGUUUUCUUUCAAAAGAUCACAAAUUUCCUUCAGGAAACUGAAGUCAAUCAGUGGUGAUAUUUUGCAGGAUGAGCUUUCUAGCACUGAUCUCUGUGAGAACACCCUCUCAUAUGACCUUGAAGGCCUUUUUAAAUUCUAUAGUAAUACGCUC